AGGCGGUAAAUAUAUCGCAAACACAGCGCACUUGUCCUAUGCUCCGAUUCCUCUCCUUGCGUCAGUGAUCUCUUAGCAUCCACGUUAAAAGCUGCUAACAUGGAUAAACUGUUACCGGCGCAGGAAGCUGCCAAAAUCUACCACACAAACUAUGUAAGGAAUGCAAGGGCAAUCGGCGUGAUGUGGGCGGUGUUCACAAUCUGUUUUGCCAUCAUCACGGUGGUGGUGUUCAUCCAGCCUUAUUGGAUCGGGGACAGCGUGAACACGCCUCAAGCGGGUUAUUUCGGCCUCUUCCACUACUGUAUCGGCAAUGCCCUGACCUCCGAGCUGACCUGCAAAGGAAGCCCCCUGGACUUCAGCUCCAUACCGUCUCCAGCAUUUAGAACGUCGAUGUUUUUCGUGGGCGUCUCCAUGCUGCUGGUGGUCGGCUCUAUGGUUUGCUUCGCACUCUUCUUCUUCUGCAACAGCGGAAGCGUGUACAAGAUCUGUGCGUGGAUGCAGCUGGCGUCAGCUGGCUGCAUGGUGAUUGGCUGCAUGAUCUACCCCGACGGCUGGGAUUCAGACGAAGUGAAGCGCAUGUGUGGCCAGCGGACGGGCAAAUACACACUAGGCAACUGCACCGUGCGCUGGGCGUACAUCCUGGCCAUCAUCAGCAUUCUGGACGCUCUCAUCCUCUCCUUCCUUGCCUUUGUUCUGGGAAAUCGCCAAGACAACCUGCUGCCGGAGGACUUCCAGGCGGGUGGUGCAGAAAAACCCUGAACUGGAAGAGGGAGGAGCAGAAGAGCCACAAACAGGAGGCUUCUCUCCCAGAACAGCGGCAGAAGCCCUGUUCUGAUGGUGCUGCUCCUUAUCUCAACACAAGCGACGGACAGAGCCCAGAAGAGGGUCAUUUCCCUCAGCAGGCUGUGUCUUAAUGAUAAACUAAUGGGAGGUAUAAUGGUCUUGUACUGGACUUCUCUAGGAGAGGCCUGUGUUAAAAGCACAUCACCUAAAACAUUACAGGGCACUACUGGUCUGUUCUUACAGAGAAACUGAGCUGUUCUAUCCAUUUGCAUGUGAAAACACAAAUAGUGGUUUGUGGCAUCUUAUUAGCUACGUAAAUUAAUUAACUACGUUAAUUCUUGACAGUAAUAUGCUUAUAAUGUGCUAUUUGCCUCACUUGUACAGCGCUUUGGACAAAAAUCAUCUGCUAAAUAAAUAAAUGUAACGCAAAUGUAGCAAGA